CUAUGAGCACUUGGCAAAAAUAAGAGUAGCAAGAGACGCGCCUCCAGAGUGCAACUGCCCACCAGGUCCUCCGGGGAAACGAGGUAAGCGAGGCAGAAGAGGAGAGACUGGACCUCCUGGUCAACCUGGUCCUCAAGGCCCUCCUGGUCCAAAAGGAGAGAAGGGAGAUCAAGGUGAUCAGGGCCCUCGGAUGGUGUUUCCUAAAAUCAAUCAUGGGUUUCUCUCUGCUGAUCAGCAGCUCAUUAAACGCCGCCUCAUUAAGGGGGACCAAGGACAAGCUGGACCCCCUGGGCCUCCAGGGCCUCCAGGACCCAGAGGUCCCCCAGGAGAUACCGGCAAAGAUGGUCCUCGAGGGAUGCCUGGCGUACCGGGUGAGCCAGGAAAGCCAGGUGAACAAGGAUUGACAGGACCUCAGGGGCCUGCAGGACAAAAGGGUUCUGUUGGAGUGCCUGGUGUACCAGGGAGAGACGGGCAAGUGGGUGAACCAGGUUUGCCUGGUGUAGCAGGAGAGAAGGGAGCCACAGGGCUUAAGGGUGACCCUGGAGAGAGAGGAGAAAAGGGUGAUGCUGGAGAAAAUGGACCCAAGGGUGACACAGGAGAAAAGGGUGAUCCUGGUUCUUCUGCUGCAGGAAUUAAGGGUGAACCUGGUGAAUCUGGACGGCCUGGACAAAAGGGUGAACCAGGCCUUCCUGGGCUUCCUGGACUCCCUGGGAUAAAGGGUGAACCAGGUUUUAUUGGUCCGCAAGGAGAGCCUGGGUUACCAGGGCUGCCAGGAACGAAGGGUGACAAAGGGGAUACAGGCCCUUCUGGAAAGGGUGAGCGAGGUGACCCUGGAGUUCCUGGACCAAAGGGGAGAACAGGUGAAGCUGGAUCUAGAGGCCCCAAAGGGUCAAAGGGUGAUACAGGUGGCAAAGGUGACACAGGAUCUGUAGGUCCACGGGGGCCACCUGGGCAGAAAGGUGACCAAGGUACAACGGAGAUAAUUGAUUAUAAUGGCAAUAUCCAUGAAGCUCUGCAGAGGAUUACCACCCUAACUGUCACGGGUCCACCAGGACCACCAGGACCCCAAGGACUGCAAGGGUCAAAGGGUGAACCAGGAUCCCCAGGAACUCCAGGAGUUGAUGGGGAGCAGGGUCCUAAAGGCUCAAAAGGGGAUACAGGUGAACCUGGAAUGCCUGGAGAAAAGGGCAGAAUUGGACUGCCUGGCUUGCCAGGUUCCACUGGUAUGAAAGGUGAAAAAGGAGAUACUGGUUUGCCUGGUGCCCAAGGCCAUUCGAUCGUAGGACCACCUGGACCAGCAGGGCCACACGGUCCUCCAGGCCCUAUGGGACCUCAUGGACUGCCUGGCCCAAAGGGUGUAGAUGGCCCCACUGGUCCCUACGGCCCUGCAGGUCCUAAAGGGGAGAGAGGUGAAAAGGGAACUGCUGGUGAUCCCGGACCCAGAGGACCAUAUGGCUUGCCUGGCAGAGAUGGCGAGCCUGGCCUUGAUGGUUUUCCUGGUCCUCGAGGAGAAAAGGGUGAUAUAGGAGAAAAGGGAGAAAAGGGAUUCCGUGGAAUUAAGGGGGAAAAAGGGGAGCCAGGCCAGCCUGGCCUGGAUGGGCUGGAUGCCCCUUGCCAAUUGGGUCCUGAUGGAUUACCAAUGCCUGGCUGUUGGCAAAAGUGAUGACUCUAACCUUACAAGCAUGAAGUUGUGUAUAGUGCUCCACUUUUUGUAUUUAUAGUUGAAAACUGAAAAUUUGAUUUUACAAGUCUGAGAUAUGUUUACAUGUAGCUGCUUCUACUUGUUUGCAGUAGUCCAUGUGUACAUUUUCUUUCCACUUACAUCUGCAGUUAGAUGUUACAUAACUGCAGGAGAAACCUGCAAGACUCUCUUGAGAGA